AUGCCGCUCGUAAAGGCAGAGACAGAUGAGCGCUUCGUGGCUGAGGUGGCUCAGAGCGUUGGCGGCGCUUGCGCUCGCAUGAACGACCAUGUUUCAGGCAUGAUAGAGGAGUACCUUCGGCGACGAAUUCAGCAAGUGCACGACGACGCCAAACAAGAGCUCGAUGUGGUGCGUAAACAGCUGGAGCGAAGGAUUGCGGAUGCCGAAGCGGCGAAGGCAGCGGAAGAGGAGCGUCACCAGAAGACAAAGACACAAGUGGCGCAGGCCGCUGUGGCACUGCAACAGAUGCAAGCGAGGCUUCACCUCAAGCCCCUCUUUCACACAUGGCGGCGCUGUGCUGACGUUCAUCGGGAACGUCGCAGACUCGCUGUGGAGGCUCACAUUCACAUUGGGCGACUCGGCAUGUUUCACGCGUACACGCAGUGGCGCCUGUUUGCAGCAGCGCGCCGUCAGAAUCGGCUUGAGGCAAAGGAGAUGCAUAAACGUGACUGCCGCGAGCAGGAGCUACUUGGGCAGAUCGAAGAGUACCAGCGGCAAUUGGAGGUGGAGAGAGAAAAGGAUAGCAGGUUGAGUGAGAAGCUCAAGGAGGCGUUUGUGCGGGGCAUGUGCGCCUUGAACCGCGAGGCAGUGCAUGUACUUCAUGGCUCAGAAGAGAAUCAGGACGAGGAUGUGGAGGCGAUAGCAGAAAUCCUUAGCCGUGAGAGCAAUUCACGCCACCGCUCUGUGGCGCCGGUCCACAUGGAUAGUUCUAUUCCGAGCAACACGCACGCCCACGAUGUUUGCCCGGUGCACCACGUUGAUGCCAGAGGGAACUUUUAUCAUCCCUGCUUUGCUCUGGGGUACUGCGAGUACGAUCGUCGCCAAGCUUCGCGCUCCCCAGUAUCUUCUGGCGCUCCACCGAGUGCAUCAGGGCCAUUUGUGGUGUGCGCAGAUCUACAAACCGCUCGCUCCAUCGACAGCGGCCCCUUAGUACCGUUCCGCCGCCUAUCGAAGUCAUCAAAGACAAGGUGGAGAAUGUAA